AUGCCCUGGGAAGGAGCAGCACAACYUUCUGUCAAGCUGCCCUUCCUCUCCUGUGCUACAAUUGCUCCCCAGGAGGGUCUCCUGUGCACACCAGCAAUCCAGCCCUGGCUGYACACCCCUUCCUGCAGAGUGACCCCUGUGAGCAGCCCCCACACCAGGGAGAGAGUGCCACGUCCACGUCCUGCCCGUCCCUGCUCACAGCCACCCCUCCCCACUGGUGUGACAGUGCAUGGCAUGGCUGGUGGCUGGGGCCCAAGGGCAGGGACAUGGACAUCAUCCCAGACAUCUCGGAAUGCAUCCUUUGGGGGGCCGGACAGCGGCACUGGGCCCCUCUCUGGCCCCUGGUACAGCUCACACCAGACUCAGCUGUUGGGAGUUUUACUUGCUGCUGCUUCAAAUUUUCUCAUUAGUGUCUCUUUGAAUAUACAGAAAUGYGCUCAUCUGCGUCUGGCUCGCCAAGCAGAGCAGAAGCCCUACUACACGAGCAAGCUGUGGUGGUGUGGGAUUGCCCUGCUGGGGCUUGGAGAGGUGGGCAAUUUCACAGCCUAYGGAUUCGCCCCCAUUGCUCUUGUCGCUCCACUGGGAUGUGUUUCUGUUAUAGGUAGUGCAUUUAUUUCUGUCUUUUUCCUAAAGAAGACCAUGAGGACUGCUGAUAUAUUGGGAGGAGCACUGACCAUAACAGGGAUUUACUUGUUGAUGACAUUCUCUCCAAAUGUACCUCGAGAGCUCACAGCAAGACAAGUACAGAACUACUUAGUGAGCUGGCCUUUUUUGAUAUAUUCAAUUUUAGAAAUUAUAAUAUUCUGCAUUCUCCUCUAUUUUUACAAAAGGAAGGCUGUGAAACACAUCAUGGUUUUGUUAAUGAUGGUAGCACUACUGGCAUCACUGACUGUCAUUGCUGUUAAGGCUGUGUCCAGCAUGAUAGCACUUUCUGUGAAGGGGAAAAUGCAGCUGACUUACUCCGUUUUCUUUAUCAUGAUUGUUUUAAUGGCAACUUCUUGUGCUUUCCAAAUCAAGUUCUUGAAUCAAGCAAUGCACCUCUAUGAAGCAACAGCAGUCGUCCCCAUUAAUUUUGUGUUCUUCACCACCAGUGCCAUCAUUUCAGGGGUCAUAUUUUAUCGGGAAUUCCAAAGUGCAGCUUUUCUGAGUGUGUUCAUGUUUCUGUUCGGGUGUCUCCUAUCUUUCCUUGGUGUGAUUAUAAUAGCAAGAAAUAAAAAAGAGGAGCAUUUAACAAUUCCUUUUAUUGACUGUGGACAUAUUCCUGGACAAAAAUUGACAGGCAAAAUACAACCAGAUUCUCACAGUUCAUGCUACGGCACACUGAAUAAGGAAGAUGACUCAGUGAAAAGACAAAGCUGA